AUGCAGCAAGACCUCCCGUACAUAUGGAUCACCCUGAAGGAGAUUCUGAGCUUGCGGAGGUGUUGGUACCUGUGUGCCAUGUACGUUAUCAUCUCUGCCCUUUCGGCCUUGCUCCCUGCAACAUCGCUAUGGUACUCCGGACAACUGCUUAGCAUCGUCCAGACGGCGGUAGAGACCCGCACCGUUGACCGCAAGCUCCUGUUCCGCAUCGCCGCAGGACGUAUCCUCUGCGCCAUUGGCAAAGGUUUUCUGCACCACCUCCGCAUGCGCGUCACCAUCCCGCUGCAGUCCAUCAUCAAGCAGCACUACAGCGUCCACGUCUUCCACCACAUGGCACGCCUCGACGUGCCCACCUUUGAGGACCCCGCGGUGUACAACCAAUUCCGCACCGUCUGGCCCAAGCGUGGCAGCGUCGCGUUUGAGACGAUGAAAACCCUCGUCGACGUCGGCAGCCAGGUCGUGCAAUUUAUAUCCCAGUUCUCGGUGCUGAUGAACGUGCUGAGGGACCAGCCGGACGCGAUGCUCACUACCGUGCUCACGUUUAUCCCCAUCGCCAUGGAGUUUGCGGCGUUCCCGUCGCUGUGGUCGCGGGGCGCGACGUGGGCCGCCACCGUGCGGAACGAGCACUUUGUGCGAGCGACGGGCUUGAAGGCGCUCAUCAUGGAGCCAUCGCAUCGCAAAGAAAUCGCCGCUACGGCCGACUUGCCAAACCACCUCAGCGCUGAGUACGAGGCAGCUGUCAUCGCUGCUGGCCCUGAUGCGGCCCCGUUCCAUGAGACGCACCGAAACUGGAUGAUGAUCUCGAACCACAAGCUGUUCUCGCUCCUGAAGGAGCCGUUUAGGGAGUUGCCGCAGAUCGUUUUCACGCUCCGCGCGGUGAAGCAGCCCGCCGAGAUCCCCGUCUCGCUCGCGUCGCUCGAACUAGUCAAGCGCGCGGCGCACCAGUGCACGAACGCCAUCGUGGACGUUUACAUGCGCUCGGGCGGCAUCGGCGAGAACCUGUCGUCUCUGCGCAAGCUGUAUAACAUCGAGAAGAUCGCGAACAGGGUCGCGGACGGUAAGGUUCCUUUCCCGGAGGACCAGCAAUCGAUCCGAAACGGGAUCUCGCUCGAGUUCAGAAACGUGUCGUUCAGGUAUCCGGGGACGGAAAAGUGGGCUCUGCGCCACGUCUCGUUCAACAUUCCCCAGGGUGGCCUAUGCGUCAUCGUGGGAUCGAACGGCUCCGGCAAGUCCACCGUGUUGAAGCUGAUCGCACGCUUGUACGACCCAGACGAGGGCGAAAUAUUACUUGGCGGGGUGGGCGUGAAAACCGUUCGCCUCGACGACCUGCGGCGUGCGCUGUCCGUGCUCUUCCAGGACUUUACCCAUUUCCCUCUCCAGAUCAAGGACAACAUCGGCCUCGGCGAUCCGGAACACGCGACGGACGUCGAACGCAUCCAGGAAGCAGCGCGGCUAGGCGGCGCGGACGAGGUGAUCCGCGAGCUCCCGGACGGGCUCGACACCUGGCUCCGGCGUCCGGUCGCGGACGUGUACUCGAACAUCCCGGAGGGCACGAAGACGCUGUUCGGCAAGACGGUCGACUUUGGCAGCGUGCGCGAGGCCGGGUCGCUGGACGACGUGACGAGCAUUAACCUGAGCGGAGGUCAGCUGCAGCGGCUGGCGAUUGCGCGGUCCUUCAUGCGGUCUCUGCCGUCGUCGAAGACUGUAGGGCUGCUGCUUUUCGACGAGCCCAGCGCUGCGCUGGAUCCGGUCGCAGAACAUGACCUGUUCGAACGUCUGCGAGGACUGCGUGGUUCCAAGACGAUGGUGUUCUCCACCCACCGGUUCGGCAACCUCACCCGCCACGCCGAUCUCAUCCUGUACAUGAACCAUUCGGAAGUCAAGGAGGCUGGGAACCACGACCAUCUGAUGAAGCAGCAGGGAGAGUACGCGCGGAGCUGGGCUCUCCAGGCGAAGGCCUUUGUCGACUGA